GGCGCAACAGCCUCAGCCUUGUUUCGAGGGUCUGAGACCGCGGAUGGUCAGGGAGAGAUCUUGGAAGGAGGAUGGAGGAUGGAGGAAGAAAAAGAGAGAGAGAGAAAGACGGCGAUGAGAUCAUCCCAUCCCACGUGACAUGAACAGCCCACGUGACUAACCACCGCCAGAAGAAGUCGGAUAAAACCUGUUCGAUGACCCUCUUUGGCUUUGUUCAACAAGUUUAACUAGUUCAACUACCGCCAUGAUUCUCAUGCUAUCAGUCCAUGAGUUUCAGUUGUAUCAGUGGAAUGGAUGUUUUCUGAAUAUCCAAGACCCCCAUCGGUCUACGAACAUUUGACUGUUAGUCGGGAGCCCUACGCCCCGCUUCAAUAGUAGGAGUCGAGGGUGCGACCAAAGCCUCACAUACUACCAGAUAUCAGCUAUACGGCAUCCACUUCAUCCAUAGUAUCUCCUUUCAGAUCGCGAAACAAAGAGAAAUCCCAGCACAAUGAAUUCCGAGACCCCCGAAUACGAAACGCUCCCGAUCACCGUGGAAGGGAACGCCCUGCAGAUAUCCGCGCUGAUCCGCCGUGGCUCGCAACCCGCCAUCCUGUGGCUGCACGGCUUCGGCUCGUGCAAAGAGGAGCUGCACGAUCUGAUCUUCCAGCGACCGCUGAAGGAGCACACCUUCCUCGCCUACGACGCGCCCGGGUGCGCCGCGACACACACCGCCGACCCGAGCGCCGCCACCAUCGCCUUCAUGGUCGCCACCGCGGAGGCCGUGCUGCACCACUACGGCGUCGACCGCUUCCACCUGAUCGGCCACUCGAUGGGCGGGCUCGUGGCCCUGAUGCUGGCCGAUCGCCACCCGGACCACAUUCUCAGCUUCGUCGACAUCAAGGGCAACCUGGCUCCGGAGGAUUGCUUCCUCAGCCGCCAGAUCUUCACCCACCCGGGGUCCACCCCGGAGGAAUUCUUGGAGAUGUUUAUCGAGCGCACGCGCAGCAACCCGGCCUACUCGACCGCCCUGUACGCGUCGACGCUGCCCGCGCGCGUCCGGUCCGCCGCCAUCGAGCCCAUCUUCCGGUCCAUGGUGGAGCUGUCCGAUGGCGGGGACCUGAUGGACUGCUUCCUGGCGCUCCAGUGUCCCCGGAUGUUCAUGUACGGCGAGCUGAACCGCGACCUGUCGUAUCUGGGCACCUUGCGCGAGCACGGGGUCGCCUUGGCGGAGAUCCCCCAGAGCGGCCACUUCCCCAUGUAUUCCAACCCUGUAGACAUGUUUGGGCGCAUUGUCGGGUUCAUGAAGCGCAGUGCGGUGAUCUAGAGCAUUAGAUUGUAGAUGGUUGGCGGCAGUAUGGUACGAAAAGUAUGAUUCUGUUUUUCUGAGGUACAAAAUUACGGGUUACCGGGAUGAGUGGGCUUGAGGAUUUCCAUGGGUUAUAUAGCAGUACCUGAUUUGCAUCGAUAUCGGGCUGCUGAAUGGCGCAUCCGCACCGCGUUGCGGCCCGGCCUCUAGGAUUGCAAAUAGAACCAGCCAUGGAACAGCCAGUGGCUCAUCGCUGCAGACCAAUUGUAGACGGCUCUAUGGCAGCAGAUAAUGAUACAGGUUGUUGGUAAAAAAGGACAUAGACUAAGAAGAGGCGGGACGUGGGCAAUGAACGCUCUCAAAGAAUGGUAGCGGGAAGUCUCAACAUUGAUAUAAUGAGUCGCCUCAGUGAACACGACACUGUGUCGACCAGUAUAAAGAAACGCACAGAGAGAGCUCAAAAUCCGCAGCUGGACGAAGAG